UUCGCUAACAUCAACUUCAGUGCUUUGUUUAAGUGACACAACGAAUCACAGAGAGAGACACACAGAGACCUUGGAAGACUUCAUCAAUGGCUGUCAAACUUUAUAUUGUGUACUACUCCAUGUAUGGACAUGUGGAGAAAUUGGCAGAAGAAAUUAAGAAAGGGGCUGCUUCUGUAGAAGGUGUUGAGGCCAAAUUAUGGCAGGUACCUGAGACACUGCAAGAUGAGGUGCUUGGUAAGAUGAGUGCACCACCCAAGAGUGAUACACCAGUCAUUACCCCCAAUGAACUCUCUGAAGCUGAUGGCUUUGUUUUCGGCUUCCCAACGAGAUUUGGAAUGAUGGCUGCUCAGUUUAAAGCUUUUCUAGAUGCCACUGGAGGCUUAUGGAGAACACAACAGCUUGCUGGCAAGCCUGCUGGAAUCUUCUACAGCACCGGUUCUCAAGGUGGUGGACAAGAGACUACAGCGCUUACAGCUAUCACUCAGCUGGUUCAUCAUGGAAUGAUAUUUGUUCCAAUAGGAUAUACAUUUGGUGCUGGCAUGUUUGAGAUGGAGCAAGUGAAAGGUGGAAGUCCAUAUGGUGCAGGAACUUAUGCUGGUGAUGGCUCAAGACAACCAAGUGAGCUUGAGUUGGAGCAAGCAUUCCACCAAGGGAAGUAUAUUGCCACCAUCACAAAGAAGCUCAAGGAAGCUGCAUAAUGUUGCAUUCAUAUAGACAUACUAUUAAACAAAUACCGUAGUAAUGCUUGAAAACCAUUACCCAUUUUUUAGCAUUGAAAUAUAUUGAGUUAUAUCUGCAAGUAACCUUUUUUUUUUUCUUAUUUAUUUUCGAAAAGAAAAUGCUUUGUAUGCGUGUUACUUGAUUGCAGUGGUUGCAAUUUGUUGAAUGAUGAAAGUUUGUUUGUCUUGUCCUUUUGUUUUAGGCUGAGAAAAUACUUGUUCUCAUCUUUUGUAUUCCCCCUUAAU